AUUGUGCAGCCCUUGUCUGAAUACUUCUUCCACCAAUGGUUUCCCUCUGUUUCCGGUCUUUAUGCCAAGCUAAGCUAACUGGCUUCAUAUUUACUGUGUGGUAUCGAUCUUCUCCGCUUAUUCUCUGCCAGAAAGCUAAUAAGUCUAUUCCCCAAAAUGUCAUUUCCACACGGGAUUUGUAGCAGUGGGCUUCAACUCUUAGAGGAUGAGCAGGUUUAACAAAUAAAUAGUCGUUGUUUGUUUCUGUGGUGCUGUGUUGGUACGGCAUCAUGGAUGCCGAGAACGUUUCAGGACAACACCCAAGAACAACAAGUGCUAAACUUCAAUGUACUUUCAUUUUCUCCAACUUGCACACUUGCAGGCCGCUUGUCAACAGCUCUUCAUAGACAGUUUUUAAAGUCAGCGAACUAAAGUUCAACGGAGCUGAACAUGGAACGCAUAGAACCAUACAUGUUCCUAGUGGAUAUGGCCUUGAACCUAUGUGCAACACUCAUCAAGAUGGCCAUGAAUGCAAAGGCCAACAAGGAGCGCUGCCAACAAGUUGCCCAGAGAGUGAAAGCACUGGAGGAACAAGUUCUUACCAUCAAGAAAAGAGGGUCGCGCCAAAUAUCUGCCACUGUGGAGAACGCCCUGAGGGAUCUCUGCAGAACUCUGGAAUCUGCCAUGGAGCUAAUGGAGAAAUUUUCCAAAACUAAUGCUUUGAAGGGCUUCUGUAAGUCCAGCAGCAAUGAAGAGAAGUUCUGGAGAGUGUACAAAAAUCUCACUGAUAACCUCCAGGUACUGCAAUCGGCUCUAGUCAUUGAGCAGGGGGACAUGCUGCACAGAGUGUAUGAGGCUGUAACAGAAAGGAGACGGCCUCAUACUAGACCAUCAGCCCCAAUGUUCGAACCUAGCACCACGCCCACAGAGACAAUGUCUAGCCCCACAACCCCUAAUCCUUUCCAAAACAACAUGCCCACCGUGACAAUGUCUAGCCCCACAACCCCUUUUCCUUUCCAAAACAACAUGUCCACCGUGACAAUGUAUAGCCCAACAACUCCAACAUCUUUCUACUACAACAUGCCCACCAUGACAAUGUCCAACCCCACAUCUCCCACAUCUUUCUACUACAUGACGCCCUCCAUGACAAUGUCUAGCUCCAUGUCCCCCAGCCCUUUCUCCACCACCACCAUUGUCUCCAAUUCUACCACGAACAUGAUGGCCCAAACACCAAAUACUGUACAUCUGUUUUAACAAACAAUGUUUUUUACUCCUAAAACAAGAGAAACACGCUGUAAAAAGUGAAAUAUUUUCAGUGAUAUGUGAGGGCAAAGAGGGAUGGGAGAGAGAAAGACCUUUUUCCAUGCGAACGGUUGGUAUAUAUCCUAUAAAUAGUUAUUCCUCAUUUUUCAUCCGUUCCGCAAUUGUCCAGCAACGUGUCAAUUUGUUAGUUAUAGGCAACAAAACUACUUGGUUAGGUUUAGGUUUGGGUUAAAAUAACUAAAGAAGUGACGUUUCUUAAGUACUGAAGUAACAUGACAAAUAAGUCAAUGUUUGGGUUUGAAUAACUACAGAAGUGGCGUUACUUAAGUGUGGAAUUUACGAGACAAAUAAGUCAACUCUGUUCAUAUACAAUGUAUUAACUAUUGUUUUUUUUAUUAUUAUUUCUAUGUGAAGCACUUUAUUAUUUUUUUGUAAUGAAAAUACUAGUGACACUCGGUUUCAAUGGUGGUGUGUAUACAAAAUGCAAAUUAAUAUUGUCAUUUUAAAAAGAUGAUGAAAGGUGAUGACUCAUGAAGUGUAUGCAUAGAGAACAAUAUCUUCUUGUUAAAACAUGUUACAAAUAACUUUUUCUUUAUUAAAGGAGAAACCAGUAACUUCAA